AUGUUGUGGACAGCAAACCGUUUUUUCAGGAAAUUUUCAACCUCGACGUAUAACUUCCAGAAUAAACUGAAAGUGGCUAUAAUUGGUCAGAGCCUGUUUGGGAAGGAGGUAUACAGCAACCUGAGAAAACAAGGUCACAAGGUGGUAGGUGUGUUCACUGUACCUGACAAAGAUGGCAAGGCUGACCCCCUAGCCUUGGUGGCAGAGAAUGAUGGCACACCAGUGUUCAAGUUCCCACGGUGGAGAGUGAAAGGAAAGCCCAUCCCAGAGGCAGUCGAGGCCUACAUGGCGGUGGAUGCUGAGAUCAAUGUAAUGCCUUUCUGCUCUCAAUUUAUCCCCAUGAACGUCAUUGAUUAUCCCAAGCACGGCUCCAUCAUUUACCAUCCCUCCAUCCUUCCCCUGCACAGAGGAGCUUCAGCCAUCAACUGGUCUUUGAUCCACGGUGAUAAGAAAGCUGGCUUCACAGUAUUUUGGGCCGAUGACGGUCUGGAUACCGGACCGAUCCUUUUGCAACGGGAGUGCGCUGUUGAACCCAAUGACACUGUGGACACACUUUACAACCGUUUCCUCUUUCCAGAAGGCAUCAAGGCAAUGGUGGAGUCAGUUCAGCUUGUUGCUGAUGGAAAGGCCCCACGAAUUCCCCAGCCAGAGGAGGGCGCAAGCUAUGAAGGCAUUCAGAAGAAAUCCAAUGCUCAGAUCAAUCUGGCUCAGCCAGCUGAGGCACUCCACAACUGGAUACGUGGCCAUGACAAAAUUCCCGGAGCAUGGACAGUUAUUGACGGCAAGCCUGUUACACUGUAUGGUUCAUCCAUUUUGCAAGGGUCAGUGCCAACUGGCCAGCCACUGGACAUCGAAGGAGCAUCCAGCCAAAGCAUGGUUACAAAAAAUGGGCUUGUCUUACACGGAACUGAUGGAAAAGCAGUUCUGGUGAAAAAUCUGCAAUUUGAAGAUGGAAAAAUGAUUCCGGCUUCAAAGUACUUUUCCACUGGGGAAACUCACACAGUGGAAUUAACUGACAGUGAGAAGGAAAUAGUGAAGGAGAUGAGGGAUGUAUGGAAAGGCAUUCUCAGCAACCUCCCAGCCAUUGAAGACAGCACAGACUUUUUCAAAUCUGGAGCUGCUUCCAUGGAUGUGGUCAGAUUGGUAGAGGAGGUAAAGCAGCGUGCCGGUGUAGUCCUGCAGAAUGAGGACAUUUACAUGGCUACCACUUUCCAAGACUUCAUCCAGAUGUUUGUCCGUAAAAUGAGAGGGGAAGAUCAGGAGGAUGAACUGGUGAUUGACCACGUUAUCAAGGAAGUUAACAACAUGACAGUGAAAAUGCCGAAUCAGUGUUUUAUCGACGGCAAAUUUGUGGAUGCUGAAAAUGGCAAGACAUAUGACACUAUUAAUCCAACUGAUGGAACGGUAAUCUGUAAGGUGUCUUAUGCUUCAGUGGGGGAUGUGGACCAAGCGGUGGCAGCUGCGAAAGAAGCUUUUGAGCACGGGCCCUGGGGCAGGAUGAACCCAAGAGACAGAGGGAGUUUACUUUAUAAACUUGCAGAUCUGAUGGAGGAACAUCAAGAGGAGCUGGCCACUAUUGAAGCAAUUGACUCAGGAGCUGUGUACACGCUGGCCCUGAAGACACAUGUGGGCAUGUCUAUUCAGACGUUUCGCUACUUUGCCGGCUGGUGCGACAAGAUACAGGGCAAGACAAUUCCCAUAAACCAGGCCAGGCCCAACCGGAACCUGACCUUUACUAAAAGAGAACCAAUCGGUGUUUGUGCUAUCGUCAUCCCGUGGAACUACCCCCUCAUGAUGUUGGCGUGGAAAAGCGCAGCCUGCCUUGCAGCUGGAAACACACUGGUUCUAAAACCGGCACAGGUAACGCCUUUAACUGCCUUAAAAUUUGCUGAGUUGUCAGUCAAAGCUGGUAUUCCAAAAGGAGUCAUCAACAUAUUACCAGGCUCAGGAGGAAUGGUGGGACAGCGUUUGGCUGAUCACCCAGAUAUUCGUAAACUGGGUUUUACUGGUUCGACUCCUAUUGGCAAACAAAUUAUGAAAAGCUGUGCACUCAGUAAUCUAAAGAAGGUUUCUCUAGAACUGGGAGGGAAAUCGCCUCUCAUCAUUUUUAAUGAUUGUGACAUGGACAAAGCUGUUCGUAUGGGUAUGAGCUCUGUGUAUUUCAACAAAGGGGAAAACUGCAUUGCUGCUGGACGUCUUUUUGUGGAGGAGUCAAUUCAUGAUGAAUUCAUCAGCCGUGUGGUAGAAGAAUUGAAAAAGAUGAAAAUCGGCGACCCGUUGGAUCGAUCCACAGACCACGGUCCACAGAAUCACAAAGCACACUUAGACAAACUGCUGGAGUACUGCGACGUUGGAAUUAAAGAAGGAGCGACGUUAGUUUACGGCGGCAAACAAGUGGACAGGCCAGGUUUUUUCAUGGAACCCACUGUGCUCACUGACGUGGAGGACCACAUGUUCAUCGCCAAAGAGGAGUCCUUCGGGCCUGUCAUGGUCGUGUCCAAAUUUAAAGACGGGGAGGUGGACGCUGUGCUGCAGCGAGCCAAUGACACAGAGUACGGCUUGGCUUCUGGUGUGUUUACCCGUGACAUAAACAAAGCCAUGUAUGUGAGCGAACACCUGGAAGCUGGGACAGUAUUCAUCAAUACGUAUAACAAGACCGAUGUGGCUUCACCUUUUGGAGGCUUCAAACAGUCCGGCUUUGGUAAAGACUUAGGAGAGGACGCGCUGAUGGAAUACCUCAAGACCAAAGCAGUGACUGUGGAAUAUUGA